CGAGCAGCUGACGAGUCAGAUGACGGUCACGUGACGUGGGUCGGUCAGCUGACGCUAACGCCAAGCGGCCAGGAGCCCGGAGACAGAUCCGACGGUCCGACAGGAUGCCUUUCUCCGAGCUGUACUUCAACGUGGAUAACGGGUACCUGGAGGGUCUAGUCCGAGGUUUUAAGGCGGGAAUUCUGUCUCAGGCGGAUUACCUUAACCUCGUCCAGUGUGAGACGUUGGAAGACCUGAAGCUCCACCUGCAGAGCACCGACUAUGGCAGCUUCCUGGCCAACGAGGCGUCUCCUCUCACCGUGUCGGUCAUCGACGACAAGCUGAAGGAGAAGAUGGUGGUGGAGUUUCGCCACAUGAGGAACCAGUCUUAUGAACCGCUGGCCAGCUUCAUGGAUUUCAUCACGUACAGCUACAUGAUCGAUAACGUCAUCCUGCUGAUCACGGGGACGCUGCACCAGCGCGCCAUCUCUGAGCUGGUGCCCAAGUGUCACCCUCUGGGCAGCUUUGAGCAGAUGGAGGCCGUCAACAUCGCCCAGACCCCUGCUGAGCUGUACAAUGCCAUUCUGGUGGACACCCCCCUGGCCGCGUUCUUCCAGGACUGCAUUUCUGAGCAGGACUUGGACGAGAUGAACAUUGAAAUCAUCCGGAACACGCUCUACAAGGCUUAUCUAGAGGCUUUUUACAAGUUCUGCUCCAACCUUGGAGGAACCACAGCCGAUACCAUGUGUCCAAUCCUGGAGUUCGAGGCAGACCGGAGAGCCUUCAUCAUCACCAUCAACUCGUUUGGGACGGAGCUGUCCAAAGAGGACCGGGCCAAGCUCUUCCCCCACUGCGGCAAGCUUUACCCAGAAGGCCUUGCACAGCUGGCGCGUGCAGACGACUAUGAGCAAGUGAAGGCCGUGGCUGAUUUCUACCCUGAGUACAAGCUGCUGUUUGAAGGAGCUGGCAGCAACCCUGGAGAUAAAACCCUGGAGGACCGUUUCUUUGAGCACGAGGUGAAGCUGAACAAGCUGGCCUUCCUCAACCAGUUCCACUUCAGCGUCUUCUACGCCUACGUCAAGCUGAAGGAGCAGGAGUGCAGGAACAUCGUGUGGAUCGCAGAGUGCAUCGCCCAGCGGCACCGCGCCAAGAUCGACAACUACAUCCCCAUUUUCUGAGUGCUCAGCUUCUUCCAUCCUUUAAUGUCCAGUUGCAGUUCAGUGGUUCAGAUCCUGUCGUUGUCAUGAGGCAUUUUCCCGUCCAUCCACAGUUUGAGUCGUCAUCACGCCGCUUUCUGAAGCUGUUUAUUCAGCUCUAUGCUAAAAAACCAACAUUAAGCUGGAACUCAGAUUGUAAAACAUGAAUAAGAGCAGAGACCCCCCAGGACAGCUGCUGGUCAUGUCAGCAUGUAAAUACUGUCUGAGGGACAUUCCAGGUCUACUGUCUGCAUGUCAUGGCACAGGCCCCGCCCCUUCUUCAUUCCUUGAUGUUUGUGUGUAUAUGACCGUAACGGUCCAUGUGAAGUGUUUGUGUGAUGUUUUGUGGUUGUGGUGAUGGGUGAGGUGUGUAGCAUUAAACAAACUGCUGGGAUGCAGCUUUGGAGAAAC